UGUUUUGCACAAGAAAUGUCAGCCAGAAAGGAAUAUCUGCUCUCUUCGCCAAAUUAUUCCACCACAAUGUCAUGCUCAGAGGGUCCGGCUGCAAACUCUUUCCUGGUGGAUUCGUUGAUCAGCGGAGGCAGAGGUGAAGCUGGGGGCUACUACCAGGGAAGUGGGCUCUACUUGCCACAGGCGUCCUCCGACGUGUCCUAUGGGCUGCAGAGCUGUGGACUUUUCCCAGUUUUGAGCAAACGAAAUGAAGGUCUCCCCCCAAAUAACACAGCGCCCCCCACAUCUCAGAACUAUGCUCCAGGGAUGGAGGUCUGGCUGGAUGCCCCAAGGUCCUGCCGUGUGGAGCAGCCUGAAAGCCAAGCAAGCACCUCCUGCUCCUUUCCCCAAAGUAUUAAAGAAGAGAACUCCUACUGCCUCUAUGACUCUGACAAAUGCCCUAAGACUUCAGCUGCUGCCACUGACCUUUCCACUUUCCCAAGGGUUAAUUCUGAGGCUAGCCCUGGCCACAAUGCCAGCUCUGUUCCAUGUGCCAGGCUACUUCCGCCUAUCGCAGGCAUAUGGCUCAUCCAAGGGCUAUGCUGCCGCUGCUGCUGCUGCUGCCGCUGCUGCCGGGCACAUUGCUGCUGCUGCUGCUGCUGCCGGGCACAUUGCUGCUGCACCGCCACACUUUGUCCCCCAGCCCCAGGUCCGGUUCGACCAGCCCCUGCCUUUGUCUUCCAUGCCCGCAGACAACGUGCGGAAGGAUGCCGACGACUCGCCCCCGAGCAAGCACCCAGGAGCAGCCCAGCAGCUAGCAGAGGACGAGGCUCGUCACCAUACUUCUUCCUCCGGCGCUGAGGACUCCUCUCCGGCCCCAUCUGACAGCAGCAAACAUUCCCCGGAGAAAGACCCCGGAGGUAACUCCAAAAAUGAGAAUUCGGCCAACUGGUUAACAGCUAAAAGUGGAAGGAAGAAACGCUGCCCGUACACCAAGCAUCAAACCCUGGAACUGGAAAAGGAAUUUCUGUUCAACAUGUACCUGACUCGAGAGCGGCGCCUAGAGAUCAGCCGCAGUGUCCACCUCUCAGACAGACAAGUGAAAAUCUGGUUUCAGAACCGCAGAAUGAAACUCAAGAAGAUGAACCGAGAGAACAGAAUCCGGGAGCUCACAGCCAACUUCAACUUUUCCUGA